GCGCAACUAAACCCCCUGAGCGUCUUCUAAUAUGAUGAAUCUCAACUACUUGUACGAGUGAACAAUGCCUCCAUUCCAGCUACUUGUCCAUUUCCGCUUCUAAUACUGGCCUCUCAUCAUCCAUCAUCAGGUCUUCACCAGUCGGAACAAACACACGCAUCCCCAGCAUGGGUUGGUUAGAGGCUGCCACAAGCGCCAUGCGCAUAUUCUCAUAUCUGCUACUUCCCCUCAACUUUCUCUAUCAAAUUCUACUGAUAGUUCUUGCGCCACUCAUCCACCUCGGAGGCUAUGUGGUAUCUGUUUGCUUGCUCCCGGUGAAAGUGUUGGCCAAGUUUGAGGUAAGCUCAAUGGACCAUCACAAGUAUCAUAAUUAACCCAUGUCAAGACCGUCUAUAUCUAUCUCGGUAUUGCAGCACUGGUGGGCCUGGUCACAGGCUCCAUCCUCCACUUAUCAUCAAGUGCCUUGAUAUCACUUCUGAAUCUGACACCAGAACCUGAAGGAAAAGGCCGAUCCGCAGCUUCGGUGCGUGCUGCAAGGGAAAAGAGAAUGUUGGAGGAUGCAUGGGAAUCCUCCGUUUUGAGAGAUUCUGAGACUGGAGAUAGCAGUUCCUCAGCCAGGAAGCAAACGAUAUGGCUCGACAGAGGCAGGCGUGGAAAGAAGCAAGAUUUGCUAAGGCAAACCAUUCUUGAGGAAGAUGAUGAUUCCGGGGACUUUUGAGAGCAAUUUCAGGCCAAUGGUUGCAGAUGGUACGGUAUCGUUGCAUGGGUUGUCCAUCGCGCUAUGAGAUCUGGAAGAUUUGGAAGUAAUAACCUACUAGGCCUUUCGGUUGCUUUGUAUAUAGUUUCCAGAGCAGGAAGUGAUCGAAUAUCAUUCGCUCAAAUCAAUCUCGCCACUUGACGAAAA